UUCUUAACAGGAAAUGACAACUCAACAUCCUGUUCAAACGCAGCGACGCCGUAAGAACAGUAUGUUAAGUAUUAUACUUAUUUACCGUAUCGUUUGAAAAUCAUAAUUAAACGAAAUGAGCCAUUCUAAUUCUAGCAAAGUUGGUGAGAUAUUUACUGCUGCUGGUGCUGCAUUCACUAAAUUGGGUGAACUUACAAUGACUCUUCAUUCAGUUGGUGAGCCUUCACCAUCAAGUGGAAAAUGGACUAUGCAAGAAAUGGAAAUGUUAAAAACUGCUGUGAAAAGCUUUGGCACUGAACUGGAACGCAUUAAUGAUUCUAUCAAAAACAAAAACAUCAGUGAGAUACGUCCCACUCAUAGUAGUCAAAUGAAAGCCCCUGUUAAGAGGAAAAGCUUUGAAGACCCUAAUAUUGGUAUAAAGAAACAGAUGCCAGCAGGAACUGCCACAAUCAAGACAGUCUCCCAAGAUAAGAUUCGGGCUUUGAAUGCAGUUAUUUCUCAAUCUACUCCAAAAUCUGAAAUCACUUUGAAUAUGUUAAAUGCAAUGGAACCUGAAGUUGAUGUUGAAGGAUUAACCUCUGCCAACAAACUGGAUUAUGACAGCCCAGAUGCUUCAUAACCUCCUCUGUAAAUUUUGUACAUUUUGUAAAUAUUCUGUAUUUUUUACUAUCAUUUGAAUAAAAUUUCAUAGUUGAAUU